AACGGCCCAGGGGCAUAUCCAAAACGUCACACGUCUUAUGCCCUGACUACAUAUGAGCCUCUCCUGCGUGUUUCAUUAGAGGACCAUGUUCCUCCACGCCAGCAAAAUCUAGGCACGCGUAUUUAAAUAUGGUGGAGGCGUCGAAAGUUUAAAGUCUGAAAGUGUCGUUCGUAUGUCGAGUGAAAACGGUCGGAUAUUGACAGAUUUUGCAGUCAAAAAUAUCACUACAACCCCAAAAGUUUGCCUUUUUAUUUAAGAAAGCCAUUCGGCGGUGAAGAAGAUAUUUUUGUUUCUAGAACUUCAACCAGAAGACCGGGAUUGUUCACAAUCAACAUGGCAUCAACGCCAGUCUGUGUAGAGGACUUUGAACCAUACCUCAAGGCGAGCGUGUCUGACUUCGUCUGGAGAUAUUACAGAUCAGGAGCUGAUGAUGAACAGACACUGAGAGAUAAUCAACGGGCCUUUCAGAGGUAUCGUCUUCGACCUCGAUGUUUGAGGGACGUGUCUCAACGAGACACUAGCACCUCUAUCCUUGGUCAUCGUCUUGCGUUCCCUGUUGGGGUGUCUCCCACAGCCGCUCACUGCUUUGCACACCAAGAUGGAGAAGUUGCAACUGCCAAGGGUGUAUCAAGUGUGGGAUCUGCCAUGAUUCUCAGCAUGUGGUCCAACAGGACUCUGGAGGACGUCGCAGCCUCUGUGCCCCCUGACACACCAUUGUUGCAUCAACUCUCCAUCAUGCAUGACAGAUUCAGAGUGGAGGCAACAAUCAGACGAGCUGAGGCAGCAGGCUUCAGAGCGCUAGUGGUAACGGUAGAUGAACCAAUGCUGGGGAAAAGGGCCCAUUACCAAGGCAGGGAGUUUGAUGUGAGGGAAAUUCGGUUCCCUCAAAUUCUACUUCCUGGAGAGCGAUACAUCGUUGACCAGAUACGAUUUUCCGAUUCACGAACAUGGAACGACAUUCUGUGGCUAAAACAGUUUACAUCGCUUCCACUCGUGCUGAAAGGUAUUCUCACAGCUGAAGAUGCAGUGGAAGCUGUGAGGCACGGUGCAGCUGGUAUCCUGGUGUCUAACCACGGUGGCCGACAGCUAGACGGGGUACCAGCAACGAUUGACGUCUUGGCAGAGAUCGUUGAUGCAGUGCGUGGUUCCGGUGUGGAGGUGUAUCUUGAUGGAGGAGUACGUAAAGGCACCGAUGUCCUCAAAGCCCUUGCCUUGGGUGCACGAGCCGUCUUCAUCGGCCGACCAGCACUGUGGGGCCUCGCUUACGAUGGUGCGAAAGGAGUAGAAAAAGUUCUGGGAAUUCUGAAAGAGGAAUUCAGCCUCGCCAUGGCUUUAAGUGGUUGUUCUUCAGUAGCAGACAUCACAUCAGACUUGAUCUCUAUGCCAUCUUACAGCAAACUGUAGAAACAGUUGAGAACCAUCCCCCGUUGUUGUUAAAGCCACUCCUCAGUACCAGCACCACACCUUGUGUCACAAGGUCGCUUAACAGAAAUCACUCUACAACUCGCCAAGCAGUUCACACCAGAUAUUCUUUCUAGCAACUUCAAUGCAGGGGGAUUUCUGCGCUUCUUUGAAUAAAUGUGACCCACUAUCCCAUAACCAGGCUGAAGUAAUGUAAUGUAAGUAACUUCAUAAACCUAAAAUAGUGGAACUUCCACUGGUCAGAUUUUCAUGGGAGUUUUACAGCUAUCACUACCCGUAAGAAGCUUAGUGAAGACAGAAAUUCGAUUUAACAUGGAUCACUUGAAAGUGUAAAAAUAAAAACUGAAGGACAGGAAUUGUCGAACUUCACAAGUGUGGCUCACAAACGUGUGCACCCAGAAAUUUUACACUAGUUACACUACUGCUUUCACACACCUAUAAAGUUGAUUUUCAAUCAUUAUAAAAAGGCAUUGUUUAACAAAAACUAAUUGUUUACAAAGAGCAAAUACUCAAAGAUAUUGAAUUCCUUGUUAGUUCUUUUUUUUUCUUUUAUUCUUUUUUAGUUCAGUUGUAAUAGAAGUUGACAAUAUACAUGUACUGUAAUUACCUUGAUGUAAAAGUUUCAUUACAAAUUUUUCUUUUGCUCUAUAACAGAUUCAAUGAAGCCUGGUUUACCAGGCCAAAUGCAUUGUUUCCUUGGGAGCUGUUUAAAAUCAACUUAGUUAAAAUUCAAUUCAAUUUGGGGGAGGGGACAACCCCUAAAA